CGCGCCGGCGGUGGGGCAAGGAGGGCAGCCCGGAGGGCAGCGGCCCCGGCCCGCGUGUGCGGCCCUCUUUUGCACGCCAACACCGCGCGGGCUGUGCCGGGCCCCGCCACACGUGCAGCUAUGGUGGGCCGACUGAGCCUGCAGGAUGUCCCCGAGCUCGUGGACACGAAGAAAAAAGGAGACGGCGUCCUGGACAGCCCGGACUCGGGGCUGCCCCCAAGCCCUAGCCCCAGCCACUGGGGGCUCGCAGCGGCGACGGGCGGCGGUGGGGAGCGCGCUCCGGUCGCAGGGACGCUGGAGCCCGAUGCGACGGUCACCUCCGUAGUCCCGAACCCAGCAUCUCUGAGCCACUCACUGGCUGGCAUCUGCUCACCACGACUCUGUCCCCUGUCCUUCGGCGAAGGAGUCGAGUUUGACCCCUUACCACCAAAGGAAAUAAAGUAUACCUCCUCAGUCAAGUACGACUCUGAGCGGCAUUUCAUCGAUGAUGUGCAGAUGCCCCUGGGCCUGGUGGUGGCUUCCUGCAGCCAGACAGUCACCUGUAUCCCCAAUUGCACUUGGCGAAACUAUAAGGCUGAAGUGCGCUUCGAGCCUCGCCACAAGCCUGCGCGCUUCCUCAGCACCACCAUCAUCUACCCCAAGUACCCGAAGACCGUCUACACCACCACUCUGGAUUACAACUGCCACAAGAAACUGAGGAGGUUUCUAUCCAGUGUGGAGCUGGAGGCCACGGAGUUCCUAGGUAGCGAUGGGCUGUUGGAUGAAUGCUGACUCAGCUAGCUUGAGGUUGGACCGGCUGUUCAUACACUGCCCUGGUCCCCAGACCACCCUGGACAAGCUGGGUAGCAUUGCUGUUGCACAUUGCCCCCAGCCCCAGAGGAGUCUAACCUGGAGAUACCUCUAAGCCUAGCCAGGGGAAGAUGUAUAAAAAAAAAAAAUCACUCCAUCUUAUAAUAAUAGAGAAAUUCAGCUUUGUUUGAACUUUUUUCCAGAUAGUUUUUAAAAAAGAAGUGUGUGUGUGCGUGUGUGUGCACGCGCGUGUGCAUGCGUGUUCUGGUUAGUUGAUGCAGUUUCCCCAAAGUCUCAAGUUGAUGAGAAAAUAGAAAGAGAAGCAGAACAAAUGGACAGUGGUAUCGGGCAGGCUGAGGUGAGCGCGUCCUCCAUUUUCUGAUGAACAAAGUGGGAAAAUCUCUGGGAUGGAGAGGGUGAGCUCAGAAAGUUCAGCCGUGCCUAUGUUAAUCGCUAGGGGGGUGGGGAGCGCAUUAACCUGCGAUGCCCACAUGGGCUCAGUCUGAUCUGGGCCACUUUUUGUUUCUGCUUCUGUUUGUUUUUCCUGAUAACCCAAACUCUUAGAUUUAUCAAAAAAAAAAAAAAAAAAAAAAAA